ACAUCCUUUCCCCCUUUCCAUCCUCCCUCGAAAUCGCAUCUGCUGCGUAUGAAACUACGGAGAGAAAGUGAUCCAUGAGUCCCAUGCCUUCCCCCCCCUCCCACCUCCGUCAUACAGCACGGCGCAAAUGAUAUUCAUCCCUCUCUGCCUUACUUCGCCGUUUCACGAGCCCGUCGAUCCAUCCAAACAUCUCAUUGGGCUUCUAUUUCAAACCACCCACCCACGAAACCCGCUGACAGACGAACCCCCGCGCCACCACACCACGCCAUACUAUGCCAUAUUUCGUCCCACGUCCUCUCUCUCUCUCUCCCUUCAUCCCAAACCGUCGAGACGAAGCGAUUACCAACUAACUCCAUCAAACCACGACGGUGGACGAAACCACCGUCACUAUGCCUGCCAUCCCCAUCGCUUCCCUUCACCCACCACCGUGCGAGUCGCCUUGCGCGGCACAGCGGCAGCAAACCCCACGACAAGCACACACACUCACACAUACACUCACACACACACUCACACUCACACACACACACACCCAUUCCGAAACGAGCCCCCCCCGUUCGAGACAGCAGAAAAAGGGAACCUCACAUGCGUCUCGGACGUUGAUGAUUUGGAAGAUCCUCUCGCCCUCACAAUCUCUUGGUCGAAGCCCAGAGCUUUCUCCCUUCCUCCCUCUCUAUCUCUUGUCUCUCGGUCUCCCCUUCUCUCUCACGCCCUCUCCCCCUCCACCCCUUACUGCACACUCGCUACUGAAAAGCGGUUCCCCGCGAUGCCACGUAAAGCACAUGACACCGUGACACCGUACACAAUGCCACCGGACAACACGCAUCGGCUGAAAGGAAGAAUAAUGUUCGGCACUGCCCGCCCCUCUCGGGAGGGGGGCCGCGUGCUCCGGACCAGAAACCAAACAACCGAAGAAGAAAAAGAAAAAAGAAAAGAAAAGAAAAGAAAGAAAGAAGAAAAAAAAAAACCCUGGCCCCUCCCGUGCCGUUUCCCUCCUAUUUCCUCGUGCACAUCUAUCUCUCCGUCGGGCCCGCACCUCUUGAGGCCGAACCGAGCGAGGCGCGCAGAGCUGCACCGUCCCGUCCCGGCCGUUUGCGUGUAACAGACUCCCCCGUUUUUCUUCCGGCGUCACCAGGCCGAGCAAGACAAUGGUCACACAUACCGGGGGGAGGGAGAUAUCUGGCUGGGCUCGUACGCAGUUUCCCGAGACCAAAAACCGUUGGACUCACUCUCAGCCUGGGCUCUCACAGCCCCUCAAAGCCACGUGGCUGCGUCGACGCAACAGCUCACGACACGUCACAUCCCGUUGGCAAACAAUUAGUUUCAAGUAUUUCUUGUUAUUAGGUUUGUGCUAUGGACCGCCGUCCCAUAACUUUCACCGGCAUCUCCGUCUGGA